CCCGAGUCAGAGGAGGAGGAGCGCGCGCGCCCGCAGAGUGCCGACUGUCCUGGAGGACAGGGUUGUAGUCCUGAUCCGGGCGGGUCCCUGAUAUUCCCGCCAUCCCAUCCCGAGCGCCAUGGCCCAGCCACCGCCCGACGUCAGAGAGGACGACUGUCUCCCGGAGUACCACCACCUCUUCUGUCCGGACUUGCUUCAGGACAAGGUGGCCUUCAUUACAGGCGGUGGCUCUGGAAUCGGGUUCCGGAUUGCUGAGAUUUUCAUGCGGCAUGGAUGCCACACAGUCAUCGCCAGCAGAAGUCUUCCAAGAGUAUCGAUGGCUGCCCGAAAGCUGGCUGCUGCCACCGGCCAGAGGUGCCUCCCUUUGUCUCUGGAUGUCCGAUCUCCCCUGGCCAUCACGGCAGCUGUGGAGCAGGCGCUGAAGGAGUUCGGGAAGAUCGACAUUCUCAUUAACUGUGCAGCUGGAAACUUCCUGUGCCCUGCGGGCGCCUUGUCCUCCAAUGCCUUCAAGACCGUGAUGGACAUCGACACUUUGGGCACCUUCAACGUGUCUCGUAUACUCUAUGAGAAGUUCUUCCGGGACCAUGGAGGGGUGAUCGUGAACAUCACCGCGACCCUGGGUACCCGGGGGCAGGUGCUCCAAGUGCAUGCAGGCUCUGCCAAGGCAGCUGUGGAUGCGAUGACACGGCACCUGGCAGUGGAGUGGGGUCCCCAGAACAUCCGAGUCAACAGCCUCGCCCCCGGCCUCAUCAGUGGCACGGAGGGGUUCCAGCGGCUGGGUGGCCUGCAGGCUGGCUUGAACGCUAAGGUCCUGACCAGCCCCCUGAAGAGGCUGGGGAACAAGACGGAGAUCGCCCACAGUGCCCUCUUCCUGGCCAGCCCUUUGGCAUCCUACAUGACAGGGGCUGUGCUGGUGGUUGAUGGUGGGUCCUGGCUGACAUCCCUUAAUGAUGUCGGGUUGCUGACGGACUUCACAUCCUUCUCUGCUAAGCUCUAGGUGAUGUUCUGCUCCACUUUCUGGGGUCACCUGUGUCCUAGGCCCUCUCCCCAAAAUACACACCUGGUGGACUGAUGAUCACUGUGCUGGGCCUGACAUGCUCCCAUCAGACUCUUGGAUGUGUGUUUAGGUGUGUUCUCAGGCACUUCUGGGUUCCCCUGCUCCACAUGUAGGGUAGGGCCAGGAGGUCCUCCGGAGGGGUUCCAUUCCCCCCAGUCCCAUGGAGCUGCACUGCAGACCUCAGGGCCUCCCUGCAAACCAGGACCAGCCAUGGCCCCUGUGGCUGGCAUCCCAGUAGCUAGGAUGAGGAGCAUUCAUUGUGGGGAGGUCAGGGAGAGGGCAGAAGAGGAUAUUGGUGUCCAACCCCCAAGAGAUGCACAAGGCCUGGCUGCCUGCUGCCCUCUCUGGGCACUGCUGUGGAACCAUCACUUCCAGCCUGCCCUAGCCAGGCCACUCACCCACCCUGGGCUGUGCAGGAGGCGGGUGCUGGUCUCCCGUGCAUGGGGGUAGUGACCAGGUAGUGACCUGACCACACCACAUAGGUUUCUGCAGGGGGAGGUCGGCGUGCCAGCGCUUGGAGAGUGGUGAUGAGGCCAGGCUGUAGGGGUGUCCCUCCCCACCUAGGGUCAAGGCCGUCCUCCCUGCCCAGCCCCAGCCUAGCCUGGCCUCCUUUCUUCUCCUGCCUGUGUCCAGCCAGUACCCUGAGGCGGCUCCUGCUGCCUGGUUGGAGAGAAGGGGGCAUUUCAGGCUGUCUUCUCUUCCUUGCUCCCCUACUUUGGGACCUUUGCUUGGCAAAGGGAAGCCAAACCAGGGAGGUUGGAGAAGGGUGUUUGAGCCCUCCCUGCAAGACCUCCUGUCCUGGGUCCUCUGAUCAGGGUGUGUGGGCUGUACACUGACCUUUGCCUGGGGGGCAUUCCUCCCUGUUGGCCUCCAGUGAUGUGGGCAAGGUUGCUCCUCACCUGCCCCAGAGCCCCUCCUUUGCUGGGACAUCCCCAGAGGAGUUAGUCUUUGGUCAUUCAGGGGCUCACAUUCUAGGCCCCCCAGGUGGCCUGUCCUUGCCACCAGCGCUCUCCCUCAGGCCCAAGGGAAUCUGGAACUCUGACCCCUCACUUGUUCCUUAAUGACUGCUUUUUGACCUCCAGGCAAGGACCUAAGGGAGCUACUUGGUUCCUGGGCUUGUUUUCUAUGCUGUUUGUUAAAAACUUCGAGGUGCCCAAAGCUGUUGGUCAGCCCUCUGACUGGGCACAUGGAUCCAUCCUUCUCUCUGUAUCAUCCCUUUGCAUAAGCACAGGUUCUAGAGUUUUGCCACAAAAUGCAUUUCCUUAAAAAAAUGAUCUUUUUACUAUAAA